GGACGGGCCCGCGGCCCCUUGCCAGGGUUGCUUAAUGGGCCUGGGCUGGAGGUGCUAGCGCUGGCUUGAAGCUACCGGCUUGAUGGCCGGGCAUGUCGGACUUCUCAGACCGGGGGAUCCGGAGCAGGCCGGCCUGGAGAACCGCAGUUUCUGGGUUUGGGUGUCUCCUAACUGACAAGAGUCAAAAUACUGAUUGCAAGUGAACCCUCCUCAGUCAGGCUGUUGGAUGUCUCUAAGAACAUAAGAAAUCAUGGCAGAAAAUGGUGCAAUGCCAACCUUACCAAAAAAGUGUGGCCCAUACAUUUCAUCUGUAACCAGUCGUGGCAUGAAUUUGGUAAUUCGUGGUAUAGUGCUGUUUUUUAUUGGUGUAUUUCUUGCAUUAGUAUUAAACUUGCUUCAGAUCCAGAGAAACGUUACUCUCUUCCCUCCUGAUGUGAUCACAAGCAUCUUCUCUUCAGCUUGGUGGGUACCACCUUGCUGUGGCACAGCAUCAGCUGUGAUUGGGUUAUUGUACCCAUGCAUGGACAGACAUCUGGGAGAGCCACAUAAAUUUAAGAGAGAAUGGUCCAGUGUAAUGCGAUGUGUAGCAGUCUUUGUGGGAAUAAAUCAUGCCAGUGCUAAAGUGGAUUUUGCCAACAAUAUCCAGUUGUCUCUCACACUAGCAGCCCUGUCAAUUGGACUGUGGUGGACGUUUGAUAGAUCACGAAGUGGCUUUGGUCUUGGAGUAGGAAUUGCUUUCCUGGCCACAUUGGUGUCCCAGUUUCUGGUCUACAAUGGAGUUUAUCAAUACACAUCUCCAGAUUUCCUCUACGUUCGUUCUUGGUUGCCAUGUAUAUUUUUUGCUGGUGGAAUAACUAUGGGCAAUAUUGGCAGGCAGCUGGCAAUGUAUGAAUGUAAAGUCAUUGCAGAGAAAUCUCAUGAGGACUGAAGAGAAACAGUGUGCACCUUUUAAGCAGGAAAAAUGACAAAUGACUGUUGGAGGAGCAUAAGGAACAGUUGACUAUGAAAUUGCCAAAAUGCAAUUUUUUUCCCUUGAGUGGUAUACUUUACUGCAAUCUGUGAUUGCUGCUUCUAUAGAAAUCUUGAUGUCUGAUUUUGAUUACUGUGAAGUUACAAUAGUAUGCAAUACAUUUGACAAUGUUGGUUCAAUUAUAGGGUUCUUUUUUCUAAAUCCAGACAGUUUACCAUAAAUUCUUGUCUGUCCAUAAUGUUGCAGUGCCAAACUGAACCUUUGCACUACAUUUCUGUAGCUGAAACUUCUUGCUUCACUUUACCUUGAAAGUUUUGAGGAAUUUAUUCUUAAUAGCUCAGUAAAAUACAAAGUAUUCAAAUUUAGGAAUGAAGAUCAUUUCUUUAUAUGA